CAUCCGGAUUGUUUAAUUAAAUCGUUCGAUGGUGUGACUGACUGUACCUUCAGCUAUUCCGCGGCUGGAACAGGAUGUAUGAUUGUUGUGGACACACCACAGGAGGAUAAGAUUAAUUGUUCGCUAAAAGGGUUGUGCUGCAGAUUUAAGUGUUUGCUGGUUUAAGGUGCGGUGGUGGCCCAAAAAGGAGGAGAAUACCUCGUAGUUGCUGAAGAAAGAAAGAGUUUGUCUGGAAGAUAUAAUUUCGUGACUCGAAAGUUAAGACAGUGAGCUUGAAGGUUUUCGCUGUUGAUGAUUUCUCGUCUCUCAAAGAGCGAGAGUUCUUUUUCCCUUCUUCUUUAAAAAUUCUUUUCUAGGAGAAGCUUCUCAUAUCUCCGUGCAGAAAGGAAGAGAGCACCAAGAGGAAGCUGAAGAUGGGGAGCACACUUAACUAAUUGGAUGUCAUUCGUUGUUAUUUGAAUCCCCAUACCAUGAGGGAGGAGGAGCUGGAGAUUGCGAUCAAAGUCGUGAUCGUUGGCAAUGGAGGCGUUGGGAAAAGUUCAAUGAUCCAGCGCUACUGCAAAGGGAUCUACACCAAGGACUACAAGAAGACCAUCGGUGUGGAUUUCCUGGAGCGACAAAUUGAAAUUGAUGGGGAAGAUGUUAGAAUAAUGCUGUGGGAUACUGCUGGUCAGGAAGAAUUUGACGCAAUAACCAAAGCGUACUACAGAGGAGCUCAGGCGUGCGUUCUAACAUUCAGCACCACAGAUCGUUUGUCUUUUGAGGCAAUUAAAGACUGGAAGAUGAAAGUGGAGAAUGAGUGCGGUGAAAUUCCGACCGUGAUAGUGCAGAAUAAGGUGGAUCUGAUGGACCAAGCGGUGGUGCAUCCGGAAGAAGCGGAAAUGCUGGCGAGGCACCUGGGAUGUCGACUGAUACGCACAUCGGUGAAGGAGGAUGUGAAUGUAGGAUCAGUUUUUAGAUAUUUAGCCACAAAAUGCCAUCAAUUGAUGAAGCAGCAGUACAGCAAUGUGGUCACAGUGGGACAGCCGACAAUAAGUGCCUACGGACCUACAUUCGCCAAGACAAAUGGCACAAUUAUUCUUAGACCCAGCAGAAAGCUCUCGCGCAAGAAGACCAUGUUGCGAAAGUGUCGUAUUUUGUAAAAUUAAUUUUUCAUCUCUAAAGUCAUCACGUGAAAUAAUUAUAAUGCAUUAAAAUUAAAUUUAAUGAGAUUAAAAAGAA